GCUGGGUGAUCUCUGGGCAUUUGACAGAGGAAUCAACGUGUAUAAAAUUGCGGUAGGCGACCAAGCCGUGAAAAGACAUUUUCCGUGAGGCAUAAUAACGAACAAGUUCUCAAGUGCUGUUCGCUUUUAUUUUUUUCUAAUAAUUGUUAAGGGAUAGUUUAAAACACAAGCCAAAAUGAAGUCAGUAUUGUUAUUAGGAUUGUCAGUGCUGGUGGCUGUCAGCACAGUAUCGGCAUUAAAAGAAGGAGAAUGUGAAGUUUGUGUGGCUACUGUUAAUAAGUUUGCCAACACAUUAAGCAAUGACGUAAAGAAGGACCAUAAGAAGAUAGAAACAGAAUUCAGAAAGUUCUGUAAAGGUACAAAGUCCAAGGAGAAUAGAUUUUGCUAUUACUUGGGAGGCCUUGAAGAAUCUGCAACAGGUAUACUAGGUGAACUGAGCAAGCCUUUGUCUUGGUCUUUGCCAGCAGAUAAAAUCUGUGAGAAGCUAAAGAAGAAAGAUGCUCAGAUCUGUGAUUUGCGAUUUGAAAAACAAAUUGACUUAAACACAGUGGAUUUGAAGAAACUAAAAGUAAGAGACUUAAAGAAAAUUCUUAACGAUUGGGAUGAAACGUGUGAUGGUUGUAUCGAAAAAUCUGACUUUAUAAACAGAAUAGAAGAGCUCAAGUCCAAAUACUCUAAGAGCACGAAGUCAGAAUUAUGAACUUCACCUUGACAUUUAGAUCAAUUACAUCAUCACAACUAAACCUUUUUCAUAAAUCAUCUCAUCAUGUGAAGAAUUCUCGAGUAGCUCAGAUGUUCUUCGCGUAAUUUAUUAAGCUGCAUUAAUUUUGAGCUCUCCGACUGUUAUAAUGAUUAAAGAUCUGUUCGUCAUUGGGAAAAUCAGAUUUUUCAUUCAGAAUCAUGAACAUAGCUUUGAUUAACCCUUGUUGAGCAAGUCUGAUAGAAAUCUUCCAUUAUUUUAUAGAAAAAUACUUAAUUAGUUUUGGGCAUCAUGUGGUUUUUAUUUGUAUACAUUUUUCAUCUGGCUGGCUAAUUGGGAAUGUUACCCAUGCAAACAGAAACUACUUCCUUAUUGACUAGCACUGAGGCUUGUAUUUGAGAUUCCAACAACCGUUUGUAUAUUUCUUAUCGUCUUUACAGACCCGUAUGUCUGUGAUAUUACUAUUCGUCCGAUAAUUUCUACAUUUCAAAUUGUUCAAUAAUAGUUUUGUAUUAUUAAUGGAAUCACAAAAUGAGUUUUAAAUUAUAAUGUACUUGAAGAACAUGAGAGUUUUGAUGUUCGCGCAAAUAUUUACGGUUUUUCAUCGACUUGAUAAAGUGAGUGACCAAAAAGUCUCAAAUACAAUUUAUGGAAAAAUUAAAUAGAUAAUCGGCGACAAUUGUACAUUUACACGUCAGUCUUGACAAAAAACUGGCAUGAAGAUAUGGGUUGAAUACUAAAAAAAAUGAAUGUUGAUGCAAUAAGCGAAGAUAUAUACAUGUGUUUAUAAUAAAUUGAUCUUUAUUUAUAACAUACACAA